AUUAAUCCCUUAAAAAAUAACUAAAAAUCCAUGAUCAGCAGAAAGCAGCACUUUACCUCCAAGCCAGUACUAUGGUAAUAUCAUUCGGUACGAUGGGCCUCGUGCCCCUGCCACAUCGAAAAAUCGCAAUGCAUCCAAGAUUGUAAAUAAAAUAUUUAUUAAAUUCCCCCUCGCAAGAAAAAAAAAUACCCAAGAAAGUUAAUAAACUCCAAGAUAACAAAAUAAAGAGAUAGAGGAAAUAAUAGAGAGGGGGAAGGAUAGAAGGAGGAGGAGGAGCACCCCAUCCCCACCCACCGCCAUACAAAUGAGGGUGCAACAGCCACCAACAGGUUGACCACCUAACAACAACAACAAAAACAACAAAGAGUAAAUGAAAAAAUAAUAAAAAAAAAAAUAAAUAAAUAAAGCUACAAACUAACCGCACGACAAAUAGAAGAAAAAACAACAAACAGAAACCACCAAACCACAAGAGCAACAACAACAACACACACAGCCACCGAAAGAGACAGCUAGAGAGAGAGAGAGAGCGAGAGGGCAUCAGUAUAAAAUAAAAAUAAAAAUUAAAAAAACAAAAACUUAAACUUAAACAAAAUGUUACAAAACUCGAACGCCGCUGCCGCAGCGCAGGCAGCAGCACAGGCAGCCACAGCGGUGGCAACACCGGCAGCAGCAGCAGCAGCCGCAGCAGCAGCGGCAGCAGCAUCCGCGGCAUCAGCCGCCUCAGCGGCAGCAGCCGUGGCGGCGUCCACCGUCCAGCCAAAGUUGAUCGUCAUCCGGCGGCGGCCCAACCAGGGAUUCGGCUUCACGCUGCGCCACUUCAUCGCCUAUCCGCCGGAAGAUGACGCCAGCGGCGCAACGGCGACAGCGACGUCGGGCAACUGGGGACAGGACGCCUCCAGUUUGGCCGGCAGCGGUGGCAGCGUCGGCAGCAGCAGCGUCGGCGUCACCGGUUUGGAGCCAACAUCGCCGACUGCGCUGUUGCCAUACCAAGUGAAAGCGAUGGAGACCAUUUUCAUCAAAGAGGUGCAGGCGAACGGACCGGCCCACUUCGCCAACCUGCAGACGGGUGACCGCGUGCUGAUGGUCAACAACCAGCCGAUCGCUGGCAUCGCCUACAGCACCAUCGUAUCGAUGAUCAAGCAGACGCCGGCGGUCCUUACGCUGCACGUGGUGCCAAAGGAGUGCGAUGUCCUUCAGAUGCACUAUACGAGCAUUGCCCACACACCGGAGUCGAACCGUCUGACCAUGUCGACGCACUCGCCCUCCCUGAUGGCCAACGGCUCCCACAAAAGUGCACUACCAGUUGCAGCAUCGCAUCAUCAUUUGCAGCAGCAACAACAACAACAACAUCUGCAUCAGCAGCAGCAACAGCAACAACAGUUGAUCUCAUAUCCCGCUGUCAAGGCAGUAGCAACAACAUCGCCGGCUGGAUCACCGCACUCCUCCAAUCCGAAUCAUCCCAAUUCCUCGCACUAUGCCACAUCCCUGUACGGAGGUAGUCGCUCCGGGAGUAUUACAAGCACGGCCAGUGUAGGGGGUGGUGGUGUGGCCAGCCUGAGUCAUCAAUACCAACAGCAAUUGCAGCUCCAACAGCAGCAACAUCACCAGCAGCACCAGCAGCAGCAACAUCGUCAUCCGGCGCUAAGCGGCGGCAGUAGCAGCAUAGAUUUUGGAGACAUGGCUCAUGGUUUGCGACAGCAGCAGCAGCAACAGCAACAACAACAGCAACAGCAACAUUUCUACCCACAACAGAUACAACAACAGCAACAACAACAACAACAUCAUCAGCUGCUAGCCACCGGCGGCGGCAGCUUUAUGCGUGUCAAUCAGCCGGGAAAUCUAACAGUAUUAUCGGCCGGCCCGGCAACGAGCACGCCCCUGCCCACCGCCCGCCAGCCCAAGCCGUCCAGUCAAGCUCUGUACGCCGCCGGACCAAGUUCAGCGGUUGGGAGCUCCCCUGGACAAGGAGCAAGUGCAGGGCAGGGACAGGGCCAAGGAUCGGGAGGAGGUGACAACAAUGAUCUGAUGAUACGACUGAGAGAGUCCAUUAAGCAGAAGGAGGAGUUCCUGAAGUCACCGGUGCCGGCCUCGAUGUCCUCCUCGGCAUCCUCGCCCUCGACGAACGGCAAUCAGUUGCAAUCCUCGCCAGCCCAGCAGCAACACCAUCCUGCCUCCCAGCAGCUUCAUCAGCAGCAGCAGCAGCAGCAUUUUUUUCCACCAGGCGGUCCUGUACAGGUGGUGCAGCCACCGCCUCGAAGGAGCCACCAAUUGUUGCACAAACAGCAACAGCAACAGCAGCAACACCUAAGCUACGACAUGUACUAUUCCGGAGGUAAAGUGCAACAGGUGCAGAGAUCCUCGACAGCGCCGGGAAGUGUCAGCCAUCAGCAUUACCAGCAACAGCAUCAGCAUCAGCAGCAGCAGCAACAUCACCAGUUGCAGCAGCAACACCAUCAGAUGCAACAGCAGCAACACCGCCAGGUGAUGAUCAACAACAAUGCCAAGUACAGCAAGGAUCUGGACUACUUUGAAACACUCCAGGAGACGGGAGUGACCAACAAAGUUUUCGAGCGGAAGCUGGUCUCGCACAUGUCCAAGGGCUUCGAUCCCUUCAAGCCGCUCUCCAUCAACACCAGUGCUAUGGAGUCCUCUGGUGGGGGUGGGAGUGUGGCAAACAACAGCACCACUACCACGUCCUCCUCCUCGACCACCACGUCUGUGAAGAAGCAGAGCGUCCUCUAUGAAUCCCUGCAGCAGCAUCCACUGGCCAAGUACCAGCAACUGACCUCCCACCACCAGCAGCACCAUCAUCAUCAGCAGCAGCAGCAGCAGCAGCAGAUCCAUCAGAUCUCAGCGGUGGAUGGACAGACCGGUAGUCGGAUGGAGCUGCACAAGGCGACGCUGGCGAACGCCACCAUAGAUCCGAUUCCAUCGGCUGGAGGGCACAAAUAUGCUUCAUUGCCGGAGACGUCAGUUAGUGGCAGUUCAGUGGCCACACUGGCCGACAUAGCCGAGAGUAGUGUUACCUAUUCAGCUGGUGCCGUUGCUGAAACCCCCACCGGCAGUGUGGUUAGACGCUACAAGCCCAUCACCUCCAGUUCCUUUGACGAAGGCAAGCCCAUGCGCCGCAUCUCCUACCUGCGGGCCACCAACAACGAGGCCGACUUCAACGCCGAAGCAGCCGCCGCAGCAGCAGCUGCCAGUGGCGGUGGCGGUGGAGGAGAUGCUGCUGGAGCACCAGCUGUCCCCACUAUCAGUGCACCCAUUUCCAUGCCCAUUCCGGUGGCUGCCGUGGUGGAGCCGCAGAAAACGAAAUCCCUGGUGGAGGAGCAUCCGGAUCCCACAUACGAUGUGAUUGGCGGUGCGGGUGGUGGCCAUGAGUUCAUAGAGACACCGAAUGGCCUGGAGGAUGUGCGUCUGUCGGCGCAUGGCAGUCGUCGAGCCUCCAUGAGCAGUGACAUGAGAAGCAGCAUCCACAUCGAUGCGGAACUAAAUGGCAAAUAUGUGCCCAACGAACUGGAGGCCUUCGAGACGGAGAUUGAGAUUAAGUCCUCCUGCAUUAAUGGAAAGCGCAUGUCCGAGUACCGAUCGUGGCGUCAGGUGAAGCUGGAGAUCAAGGGAGAUCUGCUGCGCAUCUACUCAGGCCGUCAUGGAAAAUCGGAGCAUAAUGUGAUAGAACUGGAUAUUAGAAACUUCAAGUUCUUCGACGAGUCGCUGGACAAGAAGAAGUACUUGAUUCGCAUGCAGUCGAAGCCCUCGCCCACUGGCGCCCACCUGGCCACCCUGGGCAACGAGCUGAACCUGGAGGACGGGCACGGGGACAAGCUGCUGACCUCCUCGGGCAGCAGCUCCGCCAACGAGCCCAGUGGAUCGGCCCUCUCCGCCUCCACGUCCUCGUCCACGACCAGCAGCAGCGGUCCCUACACGGAGAUCCUCUUCAAGACCAAGAGCAGCAACGAGAUGAAGCGUCUCUUCGGGCUGUUGCAGUGGAAGGACAGCCUGAACUACGACGAUGACCACCAAGGCAAGCAACUGGCGGAGCCCCAGAAGACGGCUGCCAGUGCCAGUUACCUGGACGACCUGCCAGCCGGAGGAGUGGCUGCCGGUGCGGAUAGCUCCCCGCUGAGCUCCCAUUCCGGCGGCCUGGCCGAGGCGGCUGGCGGCCACCACCAUGUCUCGGCUCUGCCGGCCGCGGCCGCCAUUGUGGCCGCCACCAGUGACUCCAUUUCCCCGGUGAUGAAGGCGCGCAAGUCCUCCUCCCACAAGCACAUACCCGACAAGGAUUUGGGCUCGCCCAAGUCGAAGAACUGGAAGGAUCUGCUCUUCCGUCGUGGCGGCGGCAGUGGCGGUGGCUCCGUUUCCCACCACGACCUGGCCUCGCCCUCCUCCUGCCCGGCCAAGCAGUUCGGCUCCAUCGGGGUGCCGCUGCGCAGCUGUCCCAUGUCCAAGCAGUUCCCAUGCGUGCCGCACCUGGUGGAGGUGUGCACGAACAUCGUGGAGACGAAGGGCCUGAGCGUGGUCGGCAUCUAUCGCAUUCCCGGCAACAAGGCGGCCAUCUCGGAGCUCUCCGAGCUGGUCAACACCAAGGACUUUCAGUUCGAGAGCUGUGCCACGGACGUGCGAUGGGAGGACGUGAAUGUGGUCAGCAGCCUGCUGAAGCUGUUCAUCCGCAGCCUGCCGGACGCCCUCAUGCCGGCCAGCUACUACAUCAACUUCAUCGAGGCCGACAAGAAGACGGGCCUGGAGCGGAUCGUGCUCCUCAAGGAGAUCGUGGAGUCGCUGCCCCGCCACCCCUACGACACCAUGAAGCAUCUGAUCCGGCAUCUGUGCCGGGUGAGCGACAACUGCGAGGUGAAUCGCAUGGAGCCCAAGAACCUGGCCAUCAUCUUUGGUCCGUCGAUCAUCCGGACACCGAACGAUACCCUGGAAACGGCUGUGAAGGAUAUGAAGCACCAGUGCCGCAUAGUAGAGCUGCUGGUGACACAGUACGAUUACUUUUUCGAGAACGGCAGCCUGCCGGAUCUGGCGGACGUGAGCGGAGGCGGUAAUGCCGUAAGUGCCGCCCAGCCGCAGCAACAGACGCAGGAGGAUCAGACCAGCAUGCUGCUCCACAAUCUGUCCAAGAUCGAGAGGAUCACCGAGCGGGAGACGACAAGAACCUCGCGGUUCAUACCGCAACUGAGGAGGAAGACGCACGGCAAGCGCGGAGGCGUCAACUCGGACACGUACUCCGGCGAGAGUGUUGUGGUAAGCGGAAGCACCUCCUCCAGUACCAUCUCCACCACCAUCCACAACCAAAAGAACCACACUAGCAACAGUAGUAGCACCACCACCAAUACCAUCACCACCACCACCACAAAAACCAUACAGCAACGUCGGGCACAGCGCAAGGCUGUGCAGAGCAUUUGUGAUCAGGCUCUAAUCCUGUUCCUGCCCACGCCCUCCUCCUCCUCCACCUCAACCUCCGCCUCGACCUUCUCCUACGCCCCCUCCCCGUCCUCUCUGUCCGUUUCUCUUCCCUUUCAGUCGCUGGACUAUGCCAAGGCGAGCAGCACCACCAGCACGACAAGCACCUCCAGCAGUUCCACUCUUCACAGCGGCAAGGCCACGUCCUCGGGCUCCACAAACUCGUCCAGUUCCACGGCCAAGUUUAGCUCGUCCUCGUCCUCGGCCUCGUCGGCCACGGCGGUGGCCAUAUCCUCGUCCUCCACCUCGACCUCGACCACAACCUCGUCGAAGCUACUGAGCGCCGCCACCAAGAAGCGGACGACCGGCGGCGGUUUCCUCGGCUCCCGUUCCACCCGGAAGGCCAGCCUCGACGAGAAGGACUCGGGCAGCGUCGACUCGGCCGGGAGUUUGGGCCUCAGCCUGGGUCUGAACCUGAACCUGGCCAAGGAGCAGCAGCGCAGCAGCGUGGACAUAUCCAUUCUACUGACGGACGACGACUCCAGCAGCCGGCUGAGCGACACGGGUUCCAUGUCGCUGACCACCAUCACGGACACCUUGGACAGCAAGCUGAGGAACCUGCGCAGCGGCUCCGAGUCCAACGAUGAGAACGGAUCGCCAGAGUUCCCCAAGAACAGGCGCCACACCCUGGGCCAGCCCCUGCAUCUGCACUCCGAGAACAUUCCGUAUGCGGACGAGUCGCCGGAGCGGCUGUUCCACCAGUUCUGCAAUCCCCUGGACAGUGCUCCUCUGUCCCUCCAUCUCAGCCGCUCCUGCACGGCCACCAAUACCAUUGGGUCGGGCUCGGGCGGUGGUGGCGAUGAGAAGGCGACGAAGCAAGUGGUGGCUCCCCUGCCGCCCAGUCUGUUGAAGGCGGCCCACAAGCUGCAGCACUCGGCCACCGUGCCGAUCCAUCAGGGCAGCUCCACGGCCCCGGCCAGCGGAGCGGCCACGCCCACCGGCAGCAGUUCGGGAAACGGCGGAGCCAUUGGCGGUGGCGGCGGGAGUGGAGGCGGCAGCACCAAGAGCAUCUAUCCUCGGUUCAGUAGCUACAUGAACUACAACGCCACCAUUGCGGGCGGAGUGCCCGGCGAGCGGGCCACUGGCGGCGGAUCGGCCGCCUCCGAGGACGACUCCGAGGGCUCCACCACCAGUGAUCCGAAGGAGAAGCUGCUGCUGGGCGAGCGCCCCUCGCCUUCGUUUUUUCUCGAGCGCUACAACAAGAAGAGACGCGACCACCGCCUGUUCCGGUCGGCCAGCUUCAACUGCCGCAACUACUCCACCCGGCACCUGACCGGCCAGCAGCCGGCGGCCGGAUCGGGAUCGGGAGGGUCGGUCACCGUGGGCGUGGCCUGCUGCCAGGCGGUGAGCAGUAGCGCCGCCGCCGUCGGCACCGGCCUGACCAAGGACGAGAAGACUGACAUGAAUCUGACCAAGAAGCGCCAGAUCCAGAACAAGCAGAAUCGUUCCAUCAAGCGCCGGCACACGGUGGGUGGGCCGCACGACUACACCACCGGCUGCUCCAACCACAUCCGCGGCGGCCACGAUCUGGCGGCCAUCAACUACAACCACCAUAACCGCCACCACCAGCAGCAGCUGCUAAAGCUGGGCAACUCCCAGGAGCAGGGCGCUGCCGCGGCGGAGACCACAACCACAACGACUACGACCACAACAGUGCUGCGCCGCUUGGGAGGCGGCAACGGAGGAGCCGCUGCUCCCGGAGGAGACGCCAAUGUGGCCCUGCCCGUUACAGGAUCCACAAGCAGCAGCAACACCAGCACCAACAACAACAACUCUCCACAAAGCGACGGAAGCAACGGCAACGGAGGCGGAGUAGGAGUUGGCGUGGUGGGAGGAGGUGGCGGCAACGGCGGAGGUGGCGGCGGUGGAGCCAAUGCCACAUCGGGUGGCAAUCAGAGCAGCACCACCGCUAGCAUCAGCAACAGUGGGAGUAGCAGCAACAGCAGCAGCACCAGCACCACCCCGGCUGGGGGAGAUCAGGUCCUGGAAGUGGGCAUUCGCAUCAAGAACAUAAAUCGCGGACGCUUCUAAACCAACACUAUGACUAUUUUCAAAGUAGAAGCCUGGAGGAGGAACCAUGGCUUAGCAACAAGGAUUACAAAUCCCUUUUAAAAAAAAAUAGAAUGUAAAGAUGCCCUCAGAACGGAAACAAGGACACCCAUAAUCCCGAAGAGAAAGUCCAAUCAGAAACACAAAAGUAGAAAAUGGAAACUACCCUCAGAGAAAGAAUCACAUGUCAAGUAGCUACAGAAGUUCAAAAGUAACGAAUAUCCCUAAAAAAAGGCUUAAAGUUUAACAAAGAGUUUACCAUCAGGGUAUACAAAGUAUAAAUUUAAAAAAUAACAUAAAUAAUAUGCUAAAAACAAAUAGAAACAGUUGGAAAAAGUAUUAGGAAAAGAGGUUUACAAAAAAAGAGGUUAGAAAAGUUUUUUAAAGACAGGUUAAGACAUGUUUAGACCAUUUCAGACAAGUUUAGACAUAUUAUGACAUGCUUAGACAGGUUUAAAGAUGUUUAGACAGGCUUAGGCAAGUUUUCACAAGUUAUGACAUGUUUAGACAUGAUACGACAGGUUCAGACAAGUUCAGACAUGCCAAAAACAGAUUUUUUUUGGAAAAUGCCCAUUAAUUCAAAUACUGGUUCUUUGAUCCAUUGUCAGGAUAGUCAGUCAUGAUUUUAGUGUUUUUCAACACUGAAAGAAAAAGAGGAAUCACUAGAUUAUUGUAUUUAAAUAUCAAUGUGCAGUUGCAACAAUUUGUGUCCAAAAACGUUGAAAAAGAAACAAAAAAAAAACGGUGUUGAAGAGAAAAACAUGAUCAAUCAAGUGUAACCAAAGCAGAAAAGUUAAAAUUUUAGUAUUACCAACACUACUAUUAUUAUCAAGAUAUAUAGUUAUAUAUACCAUACAUACAUACAUAUAUUCAUGUGCAAAUUCCAAGCCGGGAGUUGUGUUUGAAUUGAAAUUCCGCAUUGGUUUCCCCAACAAAAAUAAGGAUAUAUUUUUUAAACCAAAAAAACAACUCCCCAACACACACACCCACAAGGAAAAAAGGAUUAAAACAGGAUCUUUACGCAACAAAGCAACGCAAAAGUAACAAUCUUAAAUGAAAUCUAUCAGGAGCUGAAAAAAAAAAUAUAUAUAUACAUAUAUUAUAAAAAAUAAUAAUUAUUUAUUCGCACACACAAACAAACACACACAACACACAGACAUUAAUGAAAAGGGAACCAAGAGAGAUAGCACUAGUUUGUCGCAGAAAGAGGCAGCAAGAGUUAUUUAGAGAAAGAGAUACACAGCGAGAAUGUGAAAGAGAGAGAGCAACUAUUUUGUAAAACGUAUACAACAAAACACAGUGCAGAAAGAAAAUCGCAUAAAUAAUCCCUAUUAUAUAUAUAUAUAUAUAUAUUUGUAAAAUAAUCAUCUAUAUACUAUAUAGAGAAUUAACGAACGCAACAAAGAAAAUUGUUAACCCCAUAUAUAUAUAUAUUUAUAUAUAUGUAUAAACACCAUACAUAUAUGUACAAGUAUGUGUAGGAAACACAGCCGCCUGUCCGGCUCAGUCCUUCAGUUAAUCGUUUUUCUCAGUGUAUGUCCGUGUUUUGUAGUAUGCCUGUAUGUGUGCGUGUACCUGUUGUAACGAAGAGAAGAGAGUGCGGGAGUUCUGGAAAGAGAUCAGAUGUAGAACCCAUUUUUUGGUGCCUUAAAUUCUUUGCUUUAAAAAUGUUUUUUUUUUUUCAAAAAAUUGUUUUAUCGAAAUUUUUUUUAAUCCAAAAACUAGUUAUUUUUUUUUAUAAAAAAUUCUUUUAUUUUGUGAGGGGGUGCAUGUUAAGAAGAAUUAACACAAAAAACUGGUGCAGCCAAGAUAUAGAAAAUAUUUUAAAAUUAAAAAUCUUAAAAACCCGGACAGGUGGCCAGCAAAGCAGAAAACCGAAAAAAAAGAAAAACUAUAUGUUUGAAAUUAUGUAUACACUUGAAGAAAAAGAAAAUGAUAAACGCAACUAUAUAUGUAUGUUUAACAAAAUGUAAUAAACAUAACAACAAAAAAUUUGCAAAACGAUGGCAUAAAUUUACAUUUACACACAAUACCAUAUAUAUAAAGAAAUAUGAUUAUAUAUAUAUUUUUGUGUAGUUUGUAUAUGAUUUUUGUAUGAUUUAAGGUUUUUUUUUUUGGAAAAGGAAAGAAACGCAUAAACAAUGAUAAAGAAACAAGAAUUAAUUAAGCAAUUAUCUGGUAGAAGUAUGUAUGUAGAUUUAUAUAUACCCACACAACCACAUAACACACAUCCUGUACUGUAUAGUAUUUUUCCCAUAAUUUGUUUCUUUUUUAAAUACUUGUAUAUACAAUUUAUUUUUUUCUACACAAUUAUGAUUUGAACCUUUCCCACACACUUACAAAAAAACACUUACACACACACAGAUAUAUAAAAAAAAGGAUAUAUAUAUACACUUAAAAAAAAACAAAAAACUACAAAAAAAGAAAAAACAUUUAUAUAUUUUGUAUGCAUUUUGUUUUGUUAACCGAAGGAGGAACAGGAAUAAACGAAUGAUAGAAAGAAAGAGCAUUAGAAGAAGAUAAUGGUAAAUGUCAGAGAAGAGCAGUGAUGGAGAAGUAUAUAGAAAUAACCACAAAAAAGCGCGUAACGUUGCUAUAUAAAUAUUAUUAUUAAAAA